UUCUGGUUGCUGGAUGCUCAGGCUGAGGCAGAGACCCAGCGAGGCUCCUGCCUCCGCCUCCCUCCCCCAUCACUCCAGCCCAGGCUUCGGUGGGGGCCACUAGGCCGCCCCCGCAGGGCCGGGGGGGGAGGAGCCCGCUGUCGCCAUGGAGAUGGGGGCUGGCGACGCCCCGUCGCCCCCGCCCCGGUACAACGCCCCCCGCUCAGCGCUCUACGCCGCCAAGAUGAGCGCCAUGGCGACGCCAACCCCGCUGGCACCCAGACCCCCGGCCACGGCGCCGUUGGCCUCGCCCGGGCCCGGGGGCAGCGGGGCGGCGGCUCGGGGCAGCGGGGCGGCGUCUCCGGCGGUGACGGGCAGCGGGGCGGCGUCUCCGGCGGUGACGGGCAGCGGGGCGGCGUCUCCGGCGGCGGCGGGCAGCGGGGCGGCGUCUCCCGCGGCGAUGGGCAGCCCGGCCGUGUCUCCGGUGGCGGCGGGCAGCGGGGCGGUGUCUCCCGGCACCGUGACGGCAACCAGCACUGUGGCGGCAUCUCCAGGCAACCUGGCGGCGUCUCCGGCAGCUACAGGCCAUGCGGCGGCUUCUCUAGGCAACGCGACGGCGUCUCCAGGCAAUGUGGCACCGGCAACGGAUAGCGUGGCACCGGCAACCGGCACUGUGGCAGCGGCGACGAGCAGCGGGACGGCGUGUCCGGGGCCGACGGGCAACAUCACCGAUCCGGUGGUGUCUCCUGUGGCAAUGGCACCUGUAGCCACCAUAGCGGCCACCACAGGGAUGGUUUCCACAGAAACGAUGCAGAUGGCAGGGGCCGACAUGGCGAUGGGUCCCAAGGAAACGGUCACCACGGCGGCGGCCUCUCCCACGCCGUCUCCCACCAUGGAAACCGCAGCCCCGCGCACCCCGGUGAAACCCCUCCCGACUCCCUUCCCCUCGCCGGCCUUGGUGGUGGUGGCGCCCAGCCCGGUGGCACCGGAGAAGAGCUCUCCCACUGCGACGGAGAGGCCUGCAGACCUGGAGUCCACCGCCUCCCAGGACAUGGGGUCGCAGUCCAGCCUGGGUCCUGGAAUCCCACCUCCCAGGCGCCCACCGGCUCCAGACACCCUGAGUUACCUGGAUUCGGUCAGCCUCAUGUCGGGCACCUUGGAGUCCCUGAGUGGCCCCGGCUUCUUGGACGACGUCAGCUCCCUGGGCUCGGACUCGGAGAUCAAUGGCUUGGCCUACCGCAGAACGGACAAAUAUGGCUUCUUGGGGGGCAACCAGCACUCGGGGAUGCUGGAGAGCGCCAUCCCGGUGGACGUGGCGCGGCAGCGGGAGCUCAAAUGGCUCGAUAUGUUUUCCCAUUGGGAUAAGUGGCUCUCGCGGCGAUUCCAGAAGGUGAAGCUGCGCUGUCGGAAGGGGAUCCCCUCGUCUCUCCGUGCCAAAGCCUGGCAGCUGCUGUCGAACAGCAAGGAGCUCCUGGAGCAGAACCCCAGCAAAUUUGAGGAGCUGGAGCGCCAGCCCGGGGACCCCAAGUGGCUGGAUGUGAUAGAAAAGGAUCUGCACCGACAGUUCCCCUUCCACGAGAUGUUUGCCGCCAGGGGAGGCCAUGGGCAGCAGGACUUGUACCGCAUCCUAAAAGCCUACACCAUUUACCGGCCCGACGAAGGGUACUGCCAGGCCCAGGCCCCCGUGGCUGCUGUCCUGCUGAUGCACAUGCCCGCUGAGCAAGCCUUCUGGUGUCUGGUGCAGAUCUGUGAGAAGUACCUGCCAGGUUAUUACAGCGCCGGGCUGGAAGCCAUCCAGCUGGAUGGAGAGAUCUUCUUUGCCCUGCUGCGCCGGGCAUCCCCCAUGGCCUAUCGGCACCUGAAGAAAUACAAGAUCGACCCCAUCCUCUACAUGACGGAGUGGUUCAUGUGUAUCUUCUCCCGCACCCUGCCCUGGGCUUCUGUGCUGCGCGUCUGGGAUAUGUUCUUCUGCGAGGGGGUGAAGAUCGUCUUCCGGGUGGGCCUGGUCCUUCUCCGCAACGCUCUGGGCUCGGUGGACAAGCUGCGCAGCUGCCAAGGCAUGUAUGAAACCAUGGAGAAGCUGCGCAACCUGCCAGCUCAGAGCAUGCAAGAGGACUUCCUCAUCCAGGAGGUGGUGAGCCUGCCCGUGACGGAAGCACUGAUUGAGCGUGAGAAUGCCACGCAGCUCAAGAAGUGGCGCGAGACCCGCGGGGAGCUGCAGUAUAAACCCUCCCGCCGCCUCCAUGGCUCCCGCGCCAUCCACGAAGAGUGUCACCGCAUGAACCCCCCGCUGACCUCCAGCGCCAGCCUGCUCAGCCUCACCGGCUUCAAACAGCGGGCGGCCCGCGGCGGCAGUGGGGCAAGUGCGGGGAGCAACUUCUCCCCUGCCCACCCCGUGGGCAUCCUGGCCGUCUCCGCUGCCCCCGCUCCAGCCGCUGCCCCGGGCCAGGUAGUGUCGGAAGGGCUCCACCCUGCUCUGCCCUCCCCCACGGGGAACAACACGCCGCUGGGGGGCCCCAGGAAGGGGGGAGCGAAGGAGAAGAAGAAGGAGAAGGAGCGGGAGCGGCUGCAGAAGGAGCGGGAGAAGCAGGAGAAGGAGCGGGAGAAGCAGGAGAAGAAGGAGAAGGAGAAGCUGGAGCGGAAGCAGCAGAAGGAGCGCGCCAAGGAGGAGGCCAAGCAGAAGAAAGAGAGGAAGGUCUCCAUGCGCCGGAAGGAGGCCAAAGCCCCGCCCCGUGCCGAGGACGGGGGGCAAGAAGGGGAUCCCCCAGCAGGCUCCGUGCUGCAGGACACUUACUUCUGAGCUGGGGGUGGGUGGGGGCGGGACAGCGGGGGGGCCCCUGCUGCCUCCGACCCACCACAGAUUCAGCCAAGGACCAAGGGGUGGGGAGACUCAGAUGGGGGUGGGGUCGCUGGCUGGGAGGCAGCUGGAAUCUAAAGGACAAGAGAGGGUUGAGCUCUGAGCUAGCCUCCAGGGGGCACCCCACAAUCUUCCUUCUGCCAGGAGGGGACCUGCUUAACGACUUUGAAAGCCAAACGACUACUGUGCUCCCUCCCCCCUCUUUUCUGUGUCCUCCCCUCCCGUCGGUGGAACAAACAGGUACACCCCUCCCUCCAAGCGCUUUUCCAGGGGGGUGGGGCGUGUCCCCCUCAAGUCUUAACCGGAAUAUAAUUGUAUUAAUAAUAGUCCAGCCCGUUUGCUGUAUAUUGGAGAAUCCCCUUUAAACUAUUUAACCACUCCAGCCCUACACUGCCCCGCCCCUCUCCUCGGGAGAAGCAAUUCUCUUGCCCCCAUGCUAGCAGGAGCGCUCCUCUUUGUGCUGGUCACCCCCAAACGCAGUUCUUGUUGCUGGACACAGGUAUCAAUAAAGUUCUUCAACUUUGACUUUCA